GAUGAUGCAGACACGCGCUCUGCAGCUUCACUUUAGACCCUUCAUUGUGUUCGUGAUCUGGAACUCAGCGCAGAGCGGUCAGAGGAGCAGAUUGAUAUUCUCCGAAGGAUUCAUCUCGCCUCAAUCCAGUCAGGAUUGGAUUACGUGUUAAAUCCUGCGCAGGGAUUCGGUUCUGUCCCUCUGAAGAUGCCCGCUUGUGGAUCGCAGAUUGGGGACUUUUGCGGAAUUAAACGAGCUAAAGGCUGUGUGGUGAUAGCUGAAGCCUUCCUAUGAGGUGAGCAUAUCUGUUUGGCCCUCCGGCUCCCUCCCAGUGCCAGCAGCAGCAGGACUAAGGGAUGUCACAAGUAUUCCUCCUUCUGACCCUGCUCAGUUUCUCCUCCUGCAUCCAGGUGUCACCUGCUGCAUCCCUCAAAACAUUGAUGGCAAGAUGGAUGAUGUAUCGAGAUGAAUGUUUUCGAAAUAUUAGCAGAGAACCGCCGAUGACAGGUCUUGUGUGCAACAGAACAUUUGAUAAGUAUGCCUGCUGGCCGGAUGCACUGCCCAAUACUACAGUGAGUGUCUCCCAACACUUUUACAUUCAAUCAAAAAAGUCAGUCCAACAUGGGUUGGUGUAUCUGGAGUGUGAUGCAGACGGACAGUAUAGCAAACAGAAGAAUGCCAGUGAAUGUCUAUCACGUGACCCUGCACAAAUCAACUUGCAAUACUACGGACGGGUCCUCAGUCAGUUUCAGACCAUAUACACCAUUGGAUAUUCCCUGUCUCUUGGGGCGCUGGUGCUGGCGUUGGGCAUCCUGGUAGCCUUUAGAAAGCUGCACUGCAUGAGAAACAACAUCCACAUGAACUUGUUUGCCUCCUUCAUCCUGCGAGCCUCUUCUAUUCUCAUCAAAGAUGCUAUGUUAGAAAGGCCUGAUGACUUCCAUGUUGGUCAGGACAUCACCACUGAACUGGAGGUGGAGUGGCUGGUUAAAAACGAGACGGCGGUCGGCUGCAGAGUUGCAAUGGUGAUGAUGCAGUACAGCAUACUAGCUAACAACUACUGGCUGCUGGUGGAGGGCAUCUACCUGCACAGCCUUCUGGUCGUGACAGUCUUGACGGAGAGGAAUUACUUUGGCAUCUACCAGUGUAUUGGCUGGGGUGCCCCUCUGAUAUUCGUGUUGCCGUGGGUGAUCGUGAAGUACUUGUAUGAGAAUGAAGAAUGCUGGGUGCAGAAUAUUAACAUGGAGUACUGGUGGAUAAUUCGUUCGCCAAUCCUGCUGGCCGUGUUGAUUAACUUUUUCAUCUUCAUACACAUCAUCAAGAUCCUCGUGUCCAAAUUGAGGGCACACCAAAUGAGAUAUUCUGACUACAAGUUCCGGCUUGCUAAGUCAACCCUCACCCUGAUUCCGUUACUGGGGAUCCAUUCGGUCCUGUUUUCGUUUGUUACUGAUGAGUCUACCUCAAAUGGUGCUCUAUCCCUGCGCCUCACAAAGCUCUUCAUCGACCUCUUCUUCAACUCCUUCCAGGGGCUGCUGGUAGCCAUCUUAUAUUGCUUCGUCAACAAGGAAGUUCAGUCUGAGAUUCUGAAGAAAUGGAGACGUUGGAAGCUUGGGAGGGACAUUGAGGAGGAGUACCGUCACACCUACAGCCAGUCCCUUCAGAUGAAGAGUGGCAGCAUCAUGGUCCCUCCUUCCAACCUCUCGCGGCUGCCUGAUAUUGCUACCACUACCUCCCGGCUGGGCAGUCCAGAAGAGAAGCAGAUGUUGGUGUCCAACAGCCAGAAUGGUAUGGGUACUGGAUUGCAGUUCACCUCCACACCACAAGAUAGUUCCACCUGCAGUUCGAUAACAGAGGACAUAGUCAUGGUGGAUAGGGGAAAGUGUUGUAGCAUUCAACAGGACAAUGACAUGAGUAACCUGUGAGCUGAAGGAGCUCCAGAUGUCUCACAGAAUAAUACUCUUAGCCCGACCACCCUUGCUUCUUCUGGCUAAGGGACCUGAAACCUUGACCCUAGCUGGAGCAAGAGGAGUAUGUAUGUGUGUUUGUGUGUGAGUUUGUGAGAGCACUGCCCUCUUUGAUGGACACCCGUUCGUCACAUUACACAAUGCUCAGUUGACACUGUCCCAGUCAGACAGAAUCAGAAGUGAGCAGAAGGUGAACAUACAGUAUGUUAAGAAAUAUUUGCACAAGUGUACAUGCUAACAAACUCAGUGAUGAAGAACAGAGUCUUACCUCUAGUCUUAUGAAGCUAUCUGUGAUGUUGAUGAUUUAGUAGAGAAAACCCACUGGGACUGCAGGGUCCAAGAGGAACCAUCACAAGAAAACAUCUACAACCAGCACCUCUGGAUGACCAGAAGAUUUAGGAAGAGAUACACUUAACUGAACUUGUCAAAAACGUAACUAAACCGGGUAAUGCAUUCCAAAGUGCAUGAGCUCCGUUUGAACCGAAGGAACCCAAGACCAACUUGGACCAGAAUUUCCAUGCAGGUUUAUGCUAAUGUGGUGCUGAUGGAUCAGCAAAGCCAAAAAUGAGUGAAGCUGAUUAGUCAAGAACAUUUGCUGAUUGAGUAAGCGAAGAAGCCUUGCACACCAGCAUUUUUGUUUGCAUAUAUUUUGGAAUCAACUGACGCUUUUGGGUACAUGUAAUAUGUACAGAUGUUUGUGUGUAAUUUAAUUAAAACCAUCUUUGUCUUUGUUAAAAAUUAAUUGCCAAGCUAAGGUAUAGAUGCAGACUGAUCAAGUAUUGACCGGUAUUUCCCGUGUGCCUUUUUCUGUAGGUCAUAGUCUCCAAUAUUAAAACAAAGAUUCACCAUGCAAAGUAAGUGAAGUACAAAUCAGUCACCCAGUUUUCAGAGGUGAAAGUUGCUUAAAGCAGAUUCUGUAUAGUAAACAGGGCAUCAGGCACACAUUAGAUGUGAAUGUGCCAUUAUUUAUGAUGAUGAUUUGCUCCCUUCAAGGAAAUAUGCCUGGUCAAGCAUGCAAAAUACAGCCCUAAGUGAAAUGCUUCAAAGGGUCUGGGUCAGUUUAUUAAUGGAGUAGCAUGCCAGAUCUGAUUCCCCUGCGUCAGUGGUCAGAAGAGAUAACUGUCCACCAGACAUAUUGAUAUGUUCAAGAGUCAGUAUUAGUUAGCAACUGCUUCCUCUCUCGCAUACUUCUCAUCUCCUAAUAGGCAUUUGAAUCCUUUGCCAUAGAGCUUUUGAAAGAUGUUCAGGAAGUGUAGGAGGAACUGUGAGGACAAGAGAAAAUUUAGAACAAAUUACAACCUUCGACAUCGAUCAAAAUGGUUCCUCACUCAGAGGGUAUCUGUCAUGCUUAAUUCAAGAUUUAAAAAAAUACGCAACCGCAAGACACUGAAAUGAGAUUGCGGUGAAGUAUAGAGGUGAAGUGUGUAAUUUCUGCGACAUUAUUGCCACCAAAUCUGUUUGUUUAAGUGGCACAGCUGAGCCAUAACAAUAACAAAGACUUCGGGGCGGGACCAUAUAGGGUUAAGGUUUGUCUGGUUAAUAUCAGUAGUUAAUCCCUGCUGGCAGAUGCUGUAACUACACCAUUAUGGAGGCAAAAAGCAUCUUUCCUCACUGACGGUCAUUCUGAAGUAGCUGUGUAGAUGUCGAGCAACUACAUUUAAGAUGAAUGAGAAUCCUCACAGAUGGGAUUCCCCAGUUAUUGAUAUGAACUUGAUCUGAACAAUUGGAACAUAGAGAGUUUGUUUGUAAAAUUAAUUUUUACAGUUCUGUUUAGUGUCACUAAUGAUGUGUAAAUCACAUACUUCACCUUUAAUGACAAUGAGCAGCUGAUGCCCCAUAUUGUGGCAUUUGUGUGCAUUAUGAUGCAUAUUUAUAUUUUCUUUAGCUCAUCAAACACAUGAUGAUAAUGACGAUGAUUAACACAGAUAACAAAGUGGGGCAAUUUGCACAAUUCUAAUUUAUAAUUGUUUAAUAUGUAGAUAUCUGUAAAUGCCUGUUGAGAUUUGUAAUGACUUUGUUUUGUGGUGUCUGUUAUUUGUGCAUAUGGUGUGUAUUCUGUGCUUGCUUUGUGGGGGGAGGAAGAGAAACACUUAGGUCCUGGUUUAGUGUUCAGUUAACUAAGAAAAGAAACUGCUGGCAAUUGUAAUUUUUUUUUUUUUUUUUUUUUUUUUUUUUUUGCAACACUCGAGACCAAUUUUGCCUUUUGAGUGAAGCCGCCUGAGAUAAUUCAGUCCUUCUUUGGUAAAGGUGAGAUAGUGGUGGCUAAUUUUUAAUAACUGCAGGUUAAAGACUCUUUAGCGUGCUAAACUUAGCAAAAUC